AUGGAAGAAGUGAAGGCGACAGCGCACGCGUCAGUGUUGGUGUACAAUCCCGUUAAGAAGCGCUGGCUGCCGGCGGCAUCCUCGAGCCAGAACGCCACCGCCAAGGUGCACGUCUUCCAGCACCGACUCCACAGCACAUUCCGCGUUGUCGGCCGCCAUCUGAUGGAUUACGAGCUGGUGAUCAACUGCGCUAUCGUUAAUACCGGCUGCAAGUACAUCCGAGCCACGCCGACAUUCCACCAGCUGCACGACGGUGGCUUAGUAUACGGCCUCAGUUUCCUGACCAAGGAGGAAGCCAACAUUUUUGCGACAGCCAUGGGCGAAGCCAUCCAGGCACUCAACGUCGCUCUUCACAAACGCAGUAUCCCGGGCAUCCAGCCCCGUAUCCGCUUUUUGUCUGGUCCGUCUCCGGCCCGCACUUACACUGUGGACGCUCGGACCCGCAAGCGACCGGUUCUUCCGGAAGAAGACGGUCAACUGGCGGUCACUGAAGACCCGACGACGAAGUCCCCGACGGUCGCAGCCAGUAUCGAUCUGCCCCCGUUUGACAGAAACGUAAAACACGCGGUGCUCCUGGAGAGAGAAUCCGCCAUGCAGCUGGAUUUUAAUCGGGCAGAAGAAGACACAGCAGACAGUGGCAAUGAUUGGUUCGACGAUUCGUCCGUAACUAGACCUAAUGAUUCGGCAGUGAGUCCGACCUGUGAAACGGGAAAUCCGGAGAACACCCAUACAUCGUUUGACAGCCAGUCCCGGAACAGAUCGUCCGAAUCGAUCGGGAUUGCGCGUCCGAAAUACAUUACUCUUCGCAACGAAAUAUCUAACACUUCCGAACCUGGACAUGCUCCGAUGGAGAACGAAUUUCUAGAGCCGGCACAAGCACAAGUCUCACUUCCACCAAUUGCCACGAUUGAGUACGCUGUGCAGUCCACGAAGAUCGGGCAUCAGCUGGAGCCGGGAGCUGGAUCACUCCUAGAGGGCCGACACAACGUCGAGCUGGAGAAGGGACCGGUAAAAAGGGGCCGGCCGCCAAUACACCCAGACGGAGAUACAUGCCCGAGAUGCGGAAAACAUUUUCCUAAUCGCUCUAAUCGCAACAGACACUGGUUAAAAGUAGAUUGUACGAAGAAGAAACAGACUACAAGAAACUGCUGAAGAAAAGGUUUCGGGAGGAAGGAAAGGAUACGUGCGGACUGCGGAUGUUAUCAUUGUAUUUUUAUUCUUAUAAUUGUUAUUAUGACCUUGCCCAUAGUUCAGUUACGAAGGCACUGACGUGAAAUGUGGCCCCUGCGAGUUAUAGUUUUUUUCUUUUGUAAUGAUAUUGCUGUUGUCUAGAAUAUUUUGUAUAAAAAGAUGUCCUAGAUGUUGUUGUUGUUGCCAUGAGUUCUAAUGACAAGACAUUGUGAUAACGGAGUGAUAGUUUUAUUCUUUUUACAGUGACGUUUUCAGUCCAACUUUUGUGUACAGUACUCCAAUGUGCUGUAAAUUUCUUUGUAUUAUUUGUAUUCUCGAGAAUCUGUAUUUGUACUGAGAAAUUAUGAAGUUUGUA